AUCUAUCGAACGAGUGAUCUCUCUCUUUAAUAUUCUGACGUCAUCUAUUGAAUUGUUGCGUUUCACCGGUGAUCAGUGAAUCCCGUGCACGCUGGUAAAAAUGUCGUAUCUGUCACGAUUUUCCGGAAAACAGCUCCAGUAUGCUCUGUCGUCAGGCAUCCGGGCGAACUUUUUGCAGACUUCUGCAGUUGCCUCACAACAGGCCAAGGUUGUUAUGAGCCGGUUUGAUCAGAAUAACUAUGUCGACUAUGAAAAACUUGCUGCCAAUGUGAAAACAGCUCAAACCCGUUUACAGCGCCCCCUAACACUCUCGGAGAAGAUUUUGUAUGGGCAUUUAGAAGAUCCGAGUGGCCAGGAUAUUGUACGUGGUGAAAGUUACCUGAAACUGCGGCCUGACCGUGUGGCCAUGCAGGAUGCCACGGCACAGAUGGCCAUGUUACAGUUCAUCUCAAGCGGUCUACCUAAGGUUGCUGUUCCAUCUACAAUCCAUUGUGACCAUUUGAUUGAGGCGCAGAUUGGUGGCGCUAAGGAUUUACAAAGAGCAAAGGAUUUGAACAAGGAAGUGUACAACUUUUUGGCAACAGCUGGAGCCAAGUACGGAGUGGGAUUCUGGAAGCCGGGAAGUGGAAUCAUACAUCAGAUUAUUCUAGAGAACUACGCAUUUCCUGGUGUUUUACUGAUCGGAACCGACUCCCACACUCCAAAUGGCGGUGGGCUUGGUGGGCUGUGUAUUGGCGUAGGUGGCGCAGAUGCUGUGGAUGUAAUGGCAGACAUACCCUGGGAAUUGAAAUGCCCUAAGGUUAUAGGCAUUAAGCUGACUGGCAAAAUAAGUGGAUGGACGUCGCCGAAAGAUGUGAUCCUAAAAGUAGCAGGAAUCCUGACAGUGAAGGGAGGCACCGGGGCUAUUGUUGAAUACUUCGGACCAGGUGUAGACUCGCUCUCUUGCACAGGAAUGGGAACGAUUUGUAACAUGGGGGCCGAAAUUGGUGCUACAACCUCCGUCUUCCCUUUCAACCACAGGAUGGCAGACUACCUCAGAGCAACAGAGAGACAUGAGAUCGCAGACUUGGCCAAUGAAUUCAGCCACCUACUAUCUGCCGAUUCUGAUGCCAAGUACGAUGAGGUGUAUGAGAUCAACCUCGAUGAGCUAAAACCACAUGCAAACGGACCAUUUACCCCUGAUCUAGCCAACCCAAUUGAAGAACUUGGUCAAAUUGCUAAGAAAGAAGGAUGGCCAUUGGACAUAAGAGUUGGCCUCAUUGGUAGUUGCACUAACAGCAGUUACGAGGAUAUGAGCCGAGCAGCAAGCAUUGCCAAACAAGCAUUAGAUCAUGGUGUAAAAUUCAAGUCAAAGUUCACAGUGACUCCAGGAUCUGAGCAGAUCCGUGCCACCAUUGAGCGGGAUGGGCAAGCUGAGGUUCUAAGUGAUGCUGGAGCAGUGGUAUUAGCAAAUGCUUGUGGUCCAUGCAUUGGACAAUGGGACAGACAAGAUGUAAAGAAAGGCGAGAAGAACACAAUUGUGACAUCAUACAAUAGAAACUUCACCGGUAGAAACGAUGCUAAUCCAGCCACACAUGCAUUUGUUGCCUCCCCUGAGAUAACCACCGCACUGGCAUUAGCUGGAGAUUUGUCCUUCAACCCAGAGACUGAUGAGCUGACUGGUGCUGAUGGGAAGAAAUUCAAACUACAGAGUCCAUUCGGGGAUGAACUUCCAGCCAAGGGUUUCGAUCCCGGUCAGGACACAUACCAAGCGCCCCCUAGUGAUGGGACGGGUGUAAAAGUGGAUGUGGAUGAUAAAAGUAAACGUCUUCAACUUCUUACUCCGUUUGACAAAUGGGAUGGCAAAGAUUUGGAGGAAAUGGUCGUGUUGCUCAAGAGUACAAAGAAACAUACAGUAAUUAGGAAACUUACGUAUAAUGUCAAUGUUAUCUACACAGACCACAUGAGUCCCGGGGGUCCAUGGCUCAAGUACAGAGGUCAUCUUGAUAACAUAUCCAACAAUAUGUUCAUUGGUGCAAUAAAUUCUGAUAACGGAGAAGCUAACAACGUUAAGAAUCAAGUAACGGGAGAAUAUGGUGCCGUUCCCGAUACUGCCAGACACUAUAAGGCCAAUAAUGUCCGAUGGUGUGUGAUCGGUGAUGAGAACUACGGCGAGGGCAGCAGUCGUGAGCAUGCCGCUUUGGAACCAAGGCAUCUAGGGGCUCGAGCUAUCAUUGUCAAGAGCUUUGCAAGAAUCCAUGAAACAAAUUUGAAGAAACAAGGCCUUUUACCGCUUACAUUCUCGAAAACAGCAGACUACGACAAGAUCCGUUCAGACGAUCGCAUCUCACUUCUCGGACUAGCAGACCUGACACCAGGAAAGCCUGUAGUCUGCGUUAUCAAACAUUCAGAUGGAAGCAGUGAUGAGAUUCAGUUAGACCACUCGAUGAACGAAACGCAGAUUGAAUGGUUCAAAGCUGGUAGCGCCCUCAACAAAAUGGCUCUCGACAAGCACUGAUGACACCAAAAUUCCACCACCUAUCUUUCCUUUUAAAACAUGCACAUUGAGUGAAGAGUUUGAUGUGAAUAAAAUUAUUUGUAUUGUAAAUUCAGGAUUAUUAUUUUAAUAUCAUAAUGACCAGAGUUUAAAAAUGUUUUAACAAAAAUUUUGGUCACAAAAUCAACUAUUUACAUGAUACUGAUAUUCAGUUAGUGUAGUGUUAUAUAUAUGAAAUAAUAAAGUACUGUACAGAAAUGAAAAAACUGUAAUUUUCGGAAUGUUUAUUUCAGAGAAAAUAUGUAGUUUUAAUCAUAUAUAGAUGCUAAUUGUGUUUAUGUACAUGUUGUACUGUGUUAUGGUAUAAUUCACAGCUUAUUAGGUCACAAUUGGUUUGGUCGCAAUUAAUUAAAGAUGUAUUGUCCCAUGCUAAAUAUAAAAAAAAUCAUAAAAAUAUUUUUUUAAAUUAACUUGCCCAUUUUGAAGUAACAUAAAAGUUAACAACUUGAACAUAGAAAUUAGUGUUUUUUAAA